AUGGCGCUCGGUGGUCUGUUCGGCACGGCGGCGGUGGCCGUGGUCGUGUCGCUGGCGGUCCACGUCGCGCUCAACUGCCCCAUCCAGCCGAUCCCGUCGACGCGGCCGCCCGCCGCGCGCUACCCGCCUAAUAACCUCCUCCAGGGGCUGGAGAAGCUGGGGGAAGGGCAGCUGAGCGCGCCGGAGGACGUGUACGUGGACGCGGCGGCGGGAGGGACGGUGUACACGGCGACGAGGGACGGGUGGCUGCAGAGGAUGCACCCCAACGGGUCGUGGGAGCAGUGGCGGUUCGUCGGCGGCACGGGCCUGCUCGGGAUCGCGCCCUCCGCCGACGGCAGCGUGCUCGUCUGCGACGCCGACAAGGGAUUACUGAAAGUUGAGGAGGGACGUGUGACCAUUCUCGCCUCGACGGUCGAAGGUUCCACGAUCAGGUUCGCCGACGAGGCGAUCGAGGCAUCGGACGGCACGGUCUACUUCAGCGACGCCAGCACCAGGUUCGGCUUCGACCGGUGGUUCCACGCCUACGUCGAGGCACACCCCACCGGCCGCCUCCUCAAGUACGACCCCCGCACCGGCAAGGCCUCCGUGGCGCUCGACAACCUCGCCUUCGCCAACGGCGUCGCCCUGUCGAAGGACGAGGCCUUCGUCAUCGUCUGCGAGACAGGGAGGUUCAGAUGCACGAGGCUGUGGCUGAAAGGGGACAAGACCGGCCAGGCGGAGACGUUCGUCGACGACCUUCCGGGGGGUCCGGAUAACAUCCAGCUAGCGCCAGACGGCUCCUUCUGGGUCGCCCUUAUCCAGAGGUCGCCGUGGCUGGACCUGGUCAUGCGCUGGACGUUCACCAAGAGGGUCGUCGCCUCGUUCCCGGCGCUGCUCGACGCGGUCCACGCCACGGGGAAAGGGGCGAUGGUGGCGCAGGUGUCGGAGGACGGCGAGGUCCUCCGCGUGCUCGACGACACCCAAGGGAAGGUGAUCAACUUCAUCACCUCAGUGACGGAGCACGACGGUUACCUCUUCUUCGGAAGCCUCGCGACCAACUUCGUGGGCAAGCUAUCUCUGGCCAAGGUGGCACAGGCACAGGGCCAGCCGGCGGUUUCUUCCUAG